AUGGCACACACAAUCCUCUCGUCUAUGUGCCGGUCGUGCCGCCAGUCAUACACAAAACAAGCCCGCACUGCGUUUUCAACCACAGCGCGCAGAUUGGAGGAGAGAGGCGGCCUUGCGGAACGACGACGAAUCCGCGUCGACCCGCCGAAAGAAGAUUCCUCGUCCCUAGAUCCUUUUAAUGAAACGCUGCGAAAAGCCUCACCACAAAGACCACAAGCCAACAUCCGCUCCGCACUCAGCCCCGAGCUGCGCAACAUCGCCCGAAGUGCGCGAGACGAAGCAGCCACAAGACCGAGCGCUAGAGUCUCCGUAGACGAGCCAUACCACCUAAACGUCUACGCGCACAAGCACAAUGUGCACAUCACUUUCACCGACCCGUCGCGGAACCCAAUCAUGUCUCUAUCGGCCGGCAACAUCGGCCUGAGGAAAGCACAGCGGGCUUCAUAUGAUGCCGCUUUCCAGCUGGCAGCCUACACAUUCCGAAAAAUGGCAGAAAAGCAGUGGAGAGUGGGAGGAAAGAAGAUGACGCACAAUCCGAUGAAGACUUUGGCCGAUAUUCGAAGGCCAGGUGCUAUUCACGGCGGGACGGGCAUCGAGGUCAUUCUCAGAGGAUUCGGGCCGGGUCGAGAGGCUUUUCAGAAGGCGCUGCUGGGCACGGAGGGGAGAAUGAUCAAGCCUUUGGUCAGUAAAGUCACGGACGGUACGAGGCUGAAGUUUGGUGGUACCAGAAGUCCGAAGGUGCGGAGAUUGGGUUAA